CAAAAACGACGACGCUUGUUGACGUACUCAAAUCGAGAAGAAGAACAAGCGCUACGCUUAGCGCAGCGUAGCGGAGCUCUCAGUCGAUGGAGAGCGAAACCGAGAACACAAGCGUACGUGUUCUGUGCCCAAGGCUCGUCCUCCACAAGAACGAGCCGGGCCUCCAAUGGCUAAUUGGAUCCCCAUUCUUCCCGCCGCUCACCAUCGUCUCCACCCUGCGGUGCAUCCACACCGUCUCUCCAUCCUCCGAUUACCUCAAAGAAUCAGAGGAUCUUCGGACGUUACUACCGAAAGGAUUUGACGUAAUCGGGGCAUUAGUUAUCGGAAACUCGGAUUCCGAAAAGAACGCUCGCAUGGCAAUCGAUGCUGCUCGUAGAUUGAGCAAGCUUCUCUCUGAUGAGAAUCGGGAAACGAUCGGUGCAGUUGCGGAUAUCAAUAAUACCGGAAACAUUCAAUUCUUCGUAUCGUUAUCGGAGAAUUCAACGAGCCUUGAACUGGUAACUUCGGUUGUAUAUGAGGAUCACCCGGAGAAGUACGUUUGGGAGAAGGGUUGUUUGCUGCGGUGCGAGCUUCCGAUUAAAUUUCCAGUCUAUUUUCCUGCGAACAAUCCGUCCGAUGCGGAAAAGAUGUAUUUGCGUGCAACUGAAGCAGUUGUUGCCAAGUUUAAAGACCCACGGGCUGUAUACAUGGCAGAAACAUUAAGCAAAGCCUCUGCAGAAGCACCUCAACCUGUCAUUCUUCGUGGUGCAGAAUUGGACUUUCACACAUCUCUUUCAAAUAUCAAACUUUUGGGUGAAGAUGCUCAGGAUUCGGACUCAAAGUUUCUACCAUGUGCUUGCUUCUGUUUGAAAAGUAAAUCUGACUCACCAGUGUUUUCUGUGGAGAAUGCAGAUAUUAUUCAAGUAAGUGUUCUGCUUAAUAGCUCAGAAAAGUCUCUGAAUUCCACUGCACCUGUUGCAGAGUAUAUUCCAGCUUUGGAAGAAACCAGGCUUUUAGUCGUAAACUUUAAGCUAGAAGUGCUCUGUUAUGCUGCCAAGGAGAUUCCAGUGAUGUAUGCAGUUUCUAAGUUAAUCAUCCCCGGUUUAGUUGAUCAGCUAAAUUCAAUGAAGAAUACAAUUUUGCCCAACCUCUUAACAGAACAUCCUCAGCUUUGUCCCUAUCACUUUAAUCCUCCUGGAGUUUUGCAUCCAAUAACUGUUAUCUAUGAACUCAGUUAUGGGGAGACAGAAAUGAAGCAAGUUGAAAUUCGAAAAUCCCUACACUUGAGGGUGGGACUACCUUCUGACCGUCCUCUCUUAAGAAUUGCCAAUGCCCUGGAUUUGUCUACAACAAAGGACAGUGCAAGGAGUGGCCCAAUACGUAAGGGCUGUACUUUACUUAAAGAUGUACAUAUUGGGAUUCCAAGUAGUGGGGUUCAGGGGGGCAUUGUAUCUCUGAUUCAAAGUUCCUAUGAGUACUACCAUUAUCUUCAAGAUGGCUUUAAUGAUUCGGGCUGGGGUUGUGCUUACCGUUCUCUACAGACUAUCAUUUCAUGGUUCAGACUCCAACACUACACAUCCAUAGAUGUUCCUUCACAUAGGGAAAUACAACAGUCACUUGUAGAGAUUGGUGAUAAGGAUCCUUCUUUUAUUGGGUCACGUGAAUGGAUUGGUGCGAUUGAGUUGAGCUUUGUUUUGGACAAACUUCUUGGUGUCAGCUGCAAGGUGAUAAACGUUACAUCUGGAGCUGAGCUUCCUGAAAGAUGUCGAGAGCUGGCCUUGCACUUUGAGAAUCAGGGAACACCCAUUAUGAUUGGUGGUGGUGUUCUUGCAUAUACCCUAUUGGGAGUUGAUUACAAUGAAGCAAGUGGAGAUUGUGCAUUUCUUAUACUUGAUCCUCACUACACCGGCAAUGAUGAACUCAAGAAAAUCAUAAAUGGUGGAUGGUGUGGGUGGAAAAAGGCCGUCGAUAGCAAGGGAAAGAGUUUCUUCUUGCAUGAUAAGUUCUAUAAUCUUCUAUUGCCACAACGGCCCAAUAUGGUAUAAUUUAUAACUCUGGUCAGGUGAUCCUCGAUGAGUCAUUUUAUGGUUAAGAUUUUAUUUUACAGUAUUUAAUGGCGUAAAUGAUGCCGCGUCUUUUAAAAUUUUUAAAUACCAUGACAAUAUAUUCACCACAUGAUAUUAUUUAUACCUUUAGAUGCUGUGAAAUAAAAUCUUAAUCGUGAAAUGACUCAAAAUGUAAAGGAUCAUAUUCCCUGAUUAGGACAAGCGAGGUGGACUUAAUACCAAUUGGAUUUGGAUACACUUCUACGCAGAAAAGACGUCUUUGAGCAAUUUACAUGCGAAUGGGACUGGUGUAAGCAACCAAGAGUAGGCAUUGUCUUCUUUUCAGCGGUUAAAGUUAUUUCUGUAACUUGAAUUCAUUGAACCCAAUUGCUUGCCCAUUGCCCUUAGUUUCAUUGCUUUUAUUUUCUGGCUGAAUUGGCUUUUGUGUUCAACCGAGGAACUGGGUAACGUUGUUAAAUCAUUAACCGUUUGAUCUGAUAGAUCUUUUCCUCCA